AUUCCAUGCAUGCAUUGCUUCCGCUUUCCACACAGUAUAAAGACAUCUCACACCAAAAUGAGAAACCCGUCUUUUUUCUCCUCCUUCUUCUUCCUUCUGCUUCUCUCUCACAAGGUCACCUGCGACUCGCAUUGCGAUCCCAUCGAAGCCAGCGAUGUCGACCGGGUGCAAUUCGCCAUGAACCUGGAGUUCUUGGAGGCCGAGUUCUUCCUGCAGGGCUCGCUUGGCCAAGGGCUUGACAGCUUCGCCCCGUACUUGGCCCAGGGAGGUCCGCCGCCGGUCGGGGGAGCGAAGGCCAACCUCGACCCCGUCACCUAUCGCAUCAUCGAGGAAUUCGGUUAUCAAGAAGUUGGCCAUCUCAGGGCUAUCUACACGAGAAUUGGUGGAAUCCGCAGGCCUUUGCUAAAUCUAAGUGCCCAGAAUUUCGAAGCGAUAUUUGAUCAAGCCGUGGGUCACAAACUGCAACCUCCAUUCAAUCCAUAUAGAAGUACUGUGAACUAUCUCUUAGCAUCUUAUCUUAUCCCCUACGUGGGACUCGUAGGUUAUGUGGGCACCAUCCCACGUCUCGAAACCUACAAUUCCAAAAGCUUGGUUGCAUCGCUGUUGGGCGUUGAGUCGGGCCAGGACGCGGUGCUAAGGACGUUGCUGUACGCACGUGCGGACGAAAAGGUCGUACCCUAUAACAUGACCGUGGCCGAUUUCACUGGCCGUCUGUCGGGGCUCAGGAACAAGCUGGCCAUGUGCGGGCUGAAGGAGGGCAUCAUGGUCCCCAAGGAGCUGGGGGCUGAGAACCGAACCACGAGCAACGUGUUGUCGGCGGAGGUGGACUCAUUGUCGUACUCGCGGACACCGCCGGAGAUGCUAAGAAUAAUCUAUGGCAGUGGCAGUGAAUACAAGCCCGGUGGGUUCUAUCCGGAUGGAGGAAACGGGCGUAUAGCUCAGAGUUUCUUGAAGAAAGAUUAAGGGAUAUAGUGAUGCAUGCUAAUUGAGAAUAAUGAAACACUGCUUUUCCUAUACUCGUUACGUCCCACAAUAAUAAAUGAUUACCUUAUCAUAUUUAAC